CACAGGCACAUCUCGAGGAACACUUCAAAUCCCUCGUUCAUUUCUGUGAUUUAGUCUCUCAAGGCUCAUUUUUAAAUGAAUUAAAUAAAAGACUGUGUGAUAAAUCCUUCAGAAACGCGAUGUACGCGUGCGUGUUCUUAAAAGCGCUCGGUCUCGCGCACUGGUCUCGCGUCGUGACUGUUAUCGUUUACCUUUAAAUGGAGAAGGAUUGAACGAGAGCGUGAUUGGACCGCCCGGCUGUCAAUCACUCGCAGGGGGCGGGGCCUUCUGUUACCGACGGGGAAAACCAGCAGUAGAGCAACAGAUUCGACGGGCUGAAACAUAGAAUUAAGAUUACUGGGAGAAAUGGACAUAAAGCCAGAAUUAUGUUUAUUUAGUGAAGCUGAUUGUGCCUCAGUGACCAUCGCGUGUGUUUGAUGAAGAGGAUCUCGCUCGAUGUUUCAGGAAGCGGGGGAGGAAGAGCCGCAGCGACUCUAUUUUUAUCUUUUUGUAUUAUUUGGACUCGGCAUGAGCUAAAGAACCGUGAGGGUCUGUGUGUGUGAAACCCCGAACCAGCGGCCCGGUAACGGACACGAUCGAUCAGCGCGAGCGGACGGAGAGCAACUCUAUGCCAUGGAUCUAAAAACGGCUGUUUUCAACGCGGCCCGAGACGGCAAACUGCGACUCCUCCAGAAGCUCCUGGAGAACAAGAGCGAUCACGAGGUGCUGACGCUCAUGGCGGAGAAGACGAGCGGAGCGACGCCGCUGCUGAUGGCGAGCCGCUACGGGCACCUGGAGCUGGUGGAGUUCCUGAUGGAGCGCUGCUGUGCGCCGGUGGAGCUCGGCGGCUCCGUGAACUUCGACGGCGAGAUCAUCGAGGGCGCGCCGCCGCUGUGGGCCGCCUCGGCCGCCGGACACCUGAAGGUGGUGCAGUCUUUACUGGGCCACGGAGCCUCCGUCAACAACACCACCCUCACCAACUCCACCCCGCUGCGCGCCGCCUGCUUCGACGGGCACCUGGACAUUGUGCGCUACCUGGUGGAGCACAGGGCGGACCUGGAGGUGGCCAACCGACACGGACACACGUGCCUGAUGAUCUCCUGCUAUAAAGGCCAUCGCGAGAUCGCGCAGUUCCUGCUGGAGAGAGGAGCCGACGUCAACCGCAAGAGCGUCAAAGGGAACACGGCUCUGCACGACUGCGCCGAGUCCGGGAGCCUGGAGAUCAUGAAGAUGCUCCUGAAGUACGGCGCCAGCAUGGAGAAGGACGGCUACGGGAUGACUCCGCUGCUGUCCGCCAGCGUGACGGGCCACACCAACAUCGUGGACUUCCUCACCACGCACCCGCACACGGGCCGGGCCGAGCGCAUCAACGCCCUGGAGCUGCUGGGCGCCACCUUCGUGGACAAGAAGCGGGAUCUGCUGGGAGCGCUGAAGUACUGGAAGAGGGCCAUGGACUCGCGGCACAGCGACUCGACUCACGUGCUCUCGAAGAGCGAGCCCAAGCCGGUGCCGGCGUACGAUUACACCAGAGAAGUCAACAGUUUAGAGGAGCUGGAGGCGCUGAUCGCGGACCCGGACGACAUGCGCAUGCAGGCGCUGCUGAUCCGAGAGCGCAUCCUCGGCCCGGCGCACCCCGACACCUCCUACUACAUACGCUACCGGGGAGCAGUGUACGCAGACUCGGGGAACUUCGAGAGAUGCAUCAAGCUGUGGAAGUACGCGUUAGACAUGCAGCAGAACAACCUGGACCCGCUGAGCCCGAUGACGGCCAGCAGCCUCCUGUCCUUCGCUGAACUCUUCUCCUUCAUGCUGCAGGACCGGGCCAAGGGCCUGCUGGGAACCUCCGUGUCCUUCGACGAGCUCAUGGAGAUCCUCAGCAAGAGCGUGCUGGAGAUCGAGCGGGCCGUGAAGAGGCCCGGCCCGGACCCGGCCCAGCUCGGCAAGGUUCUGUCCAUCAUCCUGCACCUCAUCUGCCUGCUGGAGAAGGUGCCGUGUGCCGUGGAGCAGGACCACUUCAAGAAGGAGACCAUCUACAAGUUCCUGAAGCUGCAGGCGUGUGGGAAGAACGGGUUCAGCCCGCUUCACCUGGCCGUGGACCGCAACACCACCUGUGUGGGCCGAUACCCCGUCUGCAAGUUCCCCUCCUUCCAGGUGACGUCGAUCCUGCUGGAGUGCGGCGCGGACGUGAACUCUCGGGAUCAGGACGACAACAGCCCGCUCCACGUGGCGGCAUCCAACAACCACCCCGACAUCAUGAACCUGCUGAUCUCCUGCGGCACACACUUCGACAGCACCAACUCCUUCAAGCAGACGGCCUGCGAUCUGCUGGACGAGAAGGAGAUGGCCAAGAACCUGAUCCAGCCCAUCAACCACACCACCCUGCAGUGUCUGGCCGCGCGCGCCAUCGUCAAACACGGCCUGGCGUACCGCGGAAACAUCCCCGAGCGGCUCGAGGCCUUCGUGCUGCUGCACAGAUAGUGGCUGGGUUUCAGCUGGGCUCCGGCUGGGCUCUGGCUGGGUUUCGGCUGGGCUCUGGCUGGGUUUCGGCUGGGCUCUGGCUGGGUUUCGGCUGGGCUCUGGCUGGGUUUCAGCUGGGCUCUGGCUGGGCUCCGGCUGGGUUUCGGCUGGGCUCUGGCUGGGUUUCGGCUGGGCUCUGGCUGGGUUUCGGCUGGGCUCCGGCUCUGCUGAUUGGCAUGCAACGCUUCCAACAAGAGUCCUACCAUCUUUGCUCGGACUUCUGUUGAAUUUGUUCUGUGUUUCUUGCCACUCGUCGACAGGUUUGCUUUCUCUUUCUGUCUCUAUGCAAAGACGGUAGGACCCGCCAGACCCGUCCUCGACCCGCCGGUUCCCUGCGCCGGUUCCGUUUCUCCAGUGGACUGGAAUGCUGUCAUCGCUCCCCUCCAGCAUAAACGAGCAUUACAAUGAUGAUGUGUGCUUAAUGUUUGCAGAUACCAUAAGUGCUUUUAUUCUUCCUAUGCACAGGCUGUAUAUCGGGACCGUUCUGUGUUACUGGAUCGUGCCACGUGUUCAUGUCGAUGCCUGUUUUUUGUUACUAUACAUUAAUCUAUUUCUUCACCGUCUCCUAAUCUCGAUCAUGAACUGGUUAAAUCGCCUGUUUAGCCGUCAGGACCGUGGAAGUGUGUCUCUUUUGAAUCUUUGAUCUUUGAACCCGGACGAGCUGUAAAAACCAAACCAUUGGCCCUAUAGUUAUUGCACCGCAUGAGCUGAAGUUUAACGGUUUACCCGUCUGAGCCGAUCAGACAGAAAUAUUAUACCGACGUUAGCUUGAAGUCGAGUGUAUUUUGUGGUGGUCAUGAUGAUGAUGAUGAUGAUGAAUCUUCAGCUCUGUGUAGUUUAAGUUCAACUUUACAUUUGUGCAGUUUGAACUCAAGGGCUUCUGAUUCUUUUACAGGCACAAUACACUAGUAAAUGAAACAAAUGUACAGUCAAAAGGACUUGCACUUUAUUGCAGUGAAAUUUGAUAUUCAUAUUACUAUAGCAUAAAGCUUGUUGAUGUCCUUAGAGCAUAAUUGAUAAUAAACCUCUGUUGCACUCGA